UAAAAGUGGAAAAAACCCAAAAAAAGAAGAAAGAAUCGAAAAAAAACAUUGCGGUAUUUCCAUAUUUUUGACUGAAAAUUCUAGUUAAAUUUUAAAAAUUUCUUUUAAAUUUUUCUUCUGCAUUUCAAUGCGAAAUAUGAUAAUGAUUGUGUCCACCUGUAGCCUUCCUCUCGUAAACGCUCAUCACAAUAUGAAUAAUUUUUAACUUUGCAUUAUGAAGCGAAUUUUUUAAAAAUAGGUGAAUUUUUUUUGUAAUGAAGCGAGAAAUGUUUAUUUUUUGCUCUGUUAAAGAAUUUUCCUGGUAUAAUAAAAAAAUUUAGUUAAAGCCGAACGGAGAUCUAUAAGCAACUUUGUAGUGAAUGGUUUAUUAAUAUCAUCGCUCAUCUGCAAAGGCGAAAUCGUUAGAAAUGCUCGUAAAAUUCGAUUCUUAUUUUCUUAUUCAGUAAGUGAAUUUUAUAUUUUCUCUUUGAUGCCAUAAGUGCAAAAAAGGGGUCUAAACCCGUCGCUUACGGUUAAUGGAACUAACCAAAGCAAGAUGUUUCAUGAUGUUAUAGAAUAAGAAGUGUUAGAUAAUUGGAGUUUUUUUAUAAGAGCACUUAAGGUUAACUCGUCCCUAAUUAGCCUAAACAAAAAUGGUUUAAACUAAAGAGGAUGAACAUUGUAUGUUUCCAACAUAAUGUUGCCAUCUUUAAUCUUCCUUCGUAUAGAAAACUGAUAAUUAAGAAAAACGAUGUCAAACCGAAUUUCAGCUAAGAAUAUGUCCUUGAAUUUCAUUUUAAGACCUUCCUGCAGUUGUUUAAAAGUUACCUUCAUUGACAUCGGACUCUACAAACAAACACUUUCACUGGACAUAUUUAAAAAUUCAUUUUCCAAUUGUUUCAUGGCCGACGAUCGCACCUUAACAUUGAAAAACAAUAAAGAAAGUGAUGAUAAAAAGGAAGCAUAGAUGUGAGGCAGAUAUAUUAAAACGUCGAACUGCGAAAUAGAAAUAAAACAAUGGUAUUUUCGAUCUUAAAUGGUAUUUAAUUAAUUUUUUGAGAAAAAAACAUCAAGGUAAUCGAAGAUUAAAAAAUUUAAAUUCAAAAAUUAUUACAUAAUGAGUUGCCAAUCCAGCAUGAAACACAUCAGCACCUUCUAGUCGAUAACCCGUUAAAGCAAGAAACAAACCAAGAUGGCAUGAAAGCCGAGGGAGAAAAUAUGAUCCUAAAUACAGUUAUGAACUGCUAUACGAAACUUUCCAUGUAUUGAUAAACCACAUCCCUUAAAAGAAUAAUCCGAUAACGAAUUUAAAAAGUUACAAAAAUCUUCAAUUCCAUAAUAUAUAUUCCUCACGAAAGAAAUCUUUAUGAAUCGUUAAUUUUGGAUCCUUCGCUAGUGCCGAGGAUGUAACCGCUGAAAUUAUGAUAAUUAUAAAUUAUGAUAAUAUUAUUUCAAGCAAAAAUAAUGUCAAAAAAGGUAAAACUAAAAAUAACACCUGGCACCUCA